UAAAAAAAUUGAGUGUAAACCGUGGUAGGUCACCACGGUUUACUAAGGAAAAUUUGCAUGCAUAAACCGUGGAGGGUCACCACGGUUUAUGAAGGAAUCCUUUUGCACGUAAAAUCCUGUGGGUCACCACGGUUUACGUGUGUGUGGCUAUAUAAGUAAUCCGUGGAAGGUUAGGACGGAUCAUUUGGUAAGGAACAAAAAAAAAAGGAAGUUGUUGUGUUGAGAGGAUUUGGCAAAACUUUGGAGGUUUGAAGGAGAAGUGGGUGGUGGAGCCAAUGGAGGGUGAGGAUCGCUUGUACCGACUAAAUGGCGUCGCUCACGUGGCAGGAUAUAUCGACGAAGAGCCUAGUAGGGUUAUUAGCGCCGUUAGGAGGUAGCAGAAUAUGCCCUUACAUGACCGGAUUAUACCGUAUCUGGAGACUGCCGGCUUGUAUCAUCUGGCUAGGCUAAACAGUCAGUGGUUCUGGGUUGAUGAGUCUCUCCUUAACGCAUUUAUUGAGCAGUGGCGUCCGGAGACCCACACGUUCCAUAUGCCGUUUGGUGAGUGCACCAUUACUUUACAGGAUGUUGCGUAUCAGCUGGGUUUGUCGAUUGAUGGUGUGCCCGUUAGUGGGUGCUUGAAUGAGUUUGAGAAUCUGAUGGAACACGGUAGACCGGCAUGGGUGUGGUUUCGAGAGUUGUUCGGGGAGUUACCUCCACAGAGUAAAAUCAAGCAGAUGACAGUGUACUACACAUGGUUCCACGAGAGGUUCCGGGUUCUCCCUGCAGAUGCUACUGAUGAGACCGUGCGUGUAUACGCACGCGCUUAUAUCCUGAUGUUGUUGUCGUCUCAGCUGUUUGCGGACAAGAACGCAAACAGGGUUCACCUUCGCUGGUUGCCUUAUUUGGCCUCGUUGGACGAGUUGGGCAGAUAUAGCUGGGGCUCCGCUGCACUGGCCUGGUUGUAUAGGUGUCUUUGUCGUGGAACAAACAGGAACGUCGUUAACUUGGCUGGACCGCUACAGCUACUACAGUCUUGGAUUUUCUGGAGGUUUCCCACUCUGAGGCCCACUGGUUUUGACCGGUUCGGGUUUCCUCUUGCUUCCAGGUAG